CAAAGAAAAAAAAUGCCUAAUUGCCACCCACCCAUACAUACAUUGUAUAAGCACAUCACCCCCCAUUUGCCUUUGCCUCCACCCAACCUUUCUUCUCUAUUUUUUUUGCCCUUCUUUAUAGGGUUUCUUCAUGACCCAUAGCUUCUCAGCUUUCUGAUGCAUUCAAUUUUUGAAUCUUUACUAUUCAUCACCAUCACCCUCCUCUUUGAUCUCUCACUUUUUCCUCUCUUUGGAGGGUUUUUUGGGCUCUUUCUGUCCAGAUUUGAUCUCCCUGCGGCUUUCAAGACAUACCCAUGUCUCAGCUCGUUGAAUUCAGUGGUGUUGAUGAUUUUUGCCAUGGAGGGCCUAAGGAUUCCAUGCUCCUCUUGUCCCUCGGUCGCCAAACCGAUGUGUAUUUCCCCUCACGCAAGCGGUCACGCAUCAGUGCAGUGCCUUUUGUAUUCCCAGGAGAAAUCUUUCGGCAGAAGAAGCCGCAAGUUUCCAUUGACGUCCUUCCGGACGAAUGCCUCUUCGAGAUUCUCAGACGCCUGCCCGGCGGGCAGGAGAGAAGUGCCUGCGCCGGUGUGUCCAAACGUUGGCUCAUGCUUCUAAGUACCGUCCACAGGGAUGAGAUAGCCGCAGCAACUGAAAAACCCAACGAGCCAACGGAGCCAAAGAAAAGGGUAAAUCCGUCCGUUACGAAAUCCGUACCUGCUAUGUCUGGCAGCAAGAAAGACGAAUUCGCCCUCCCAUGUGAAGCUGAGGCGGAAGUUGAAGAUGAAAAGGACGGCGGGUUUCUCUCGCGGUGUCUUGAGGGGAAGAAAGCUACAGAUCUCAGACUUGCUUCUGUGGCUGUGGGGACCGUCAGCCGUGGAGGAUUGGGAAAGUUAUCCAUUAGAGGAAGCAAACAUUCUCUCGUGACGGAUUCUGGUCUCAAGGCUAUUGGCAGGUGUUGUCCUUCCCUGAAGUCUCUCUCUCUCUGGAACAUUCCGGCCAUAACUGACGAAGGGUUAUCUGAGAUAGCCACCGGAUGCUGUCAGAUUGAGAAGCUUGAUAUUUCCCAAUGCCCUGGAGUCACUGACAAGUCAUUGACAUUGAUCGCGAAAAGAUGCCCCAAUCUGGUAUCUGUGAGCAUGGAGUCUUGUUUGAACAUCGGAAACGAAAGCCUGCAAGCUCUCGGUCAGCACUGCCCGAACCUGACGACCGUCACGGUCAAGAACUGCCCGCUUGUUGGAGACCAGGGGCUUGCGAGUCUUUUCGCAUCGGCGGGUACCCAUCUUGCGAAGGUAAAGCUGCAGUCUUUGAAUGUCACGGACCUCUCCCUAGCCGUUAUCGGGCAUUACGGUGUCGCUUUGACUGAUUUAACGCUGGUUGGCCUUCAGAGCGUAAACGAGAGGGGUUUCUGGGUGAUGGGUAAUGGUCAGGGCUUGCAGAAGCUGAGGUCACUCGCGGUGGCAUCUUGCCUGGGCGUUACGGAUCCGGGUGUCGAGGCGUUGGGGAAAGGCUGCCCUAACCUGAAACAAAUUUGUUUCCGAAAAUGCCCUUCCCUGUCCGACAACGGAGUGGUUUCUUUCGUCAAAGCUGCCACGCCACUCGAGAGCAUGGUGUUGGAUGAGUGCCACAGGAUCACCCAAGCCGGGUUUUUCGGCAUUCUCUUACUCUCUUGUGGUAAACUGAAGGCUCUCUCGUUCUCCAACUGUUUUGGAAUCAAGGAUUUGGGAUUCUGGAAUCCGGUUUCGUUGUCCCCUUGCAAGUCUCUCAGAUCAUUGUCCAUUUCCAACUGCACCGGGUUCAACGAUGCCACUUUGUCAAUUCUGAGCAGGAUCUGCCCUAACCUUGUCCACGUCAGCAUCACUGGGCUCCACGGUGUUACAGACCACGGGCUUCUCCAGAUUGUUCAAAACUGUGAUGCUGGUCUGGUCAAGGUGAACCUGAGCGGAUGCGUAAAUGUGACCGAAAAGACCGUUUUGCCCCUAGUGAAACUACACGGGGAGACUCUCGAGCUGCUGAAUCUCGAGGGGUGCGGGAGGGUGACGGACGGGAGCUUGUACGCGAUUUCGGAACACUGCUCGGUUCUGCACGAACUCGACGUGUCCAAAACCGGGGCGGGCGAUUUGGGGAUUGCAGCUCUGGCUGCCGGUCCGGUCCGGACUGGUCUGCGGAUCCUUUCACUCUCCGGAUGCACCCUGCUGUCCGACAAGUGCUUGCCUCACUUGGCUGAGGUGGGGUCCGGCCUCGCAGGGCUGAGCAUACAGGGCUGCGCCGGAAUCAGCCAGCGUGGGGCCGGUCUGCUCGCCGAAAAGCUUUGGAAGUGUGAUAUCCUCUCCUGAAAACCAGGAGAGGGGUUUGUCAAGUCUGUUUUUCGUUCUUUUUUUGUGGGUCCGAGAUCUCGGUUCUUCUUUUUCCCAGAAAGCCAUGGCCGGUUUUUUUUGCAGCUUCCAGGAGCUGUUUCAGAAGCUUUUUUGUCUCUCCCCAGAGAGAUUCUUUCUUCAUUCACGGCCAUACUUUGCUGUGAUCAUCACACAAAUCCUGAGGUUCUUGAUCUGUAGUUUCUUGAUGUUCUUCGUCAGGUAUUAACUUUACGUUCGAAAAAAAAGAAGAAAAAAAAGAAGUUUUUAGCUUGAUGCUUUAGGCUGAUGAGCUUUGGUUAAAGGUGUGUUUGGUUUCCUCCUUGUACUUGUAUUUGUGUUGUGUUCUUUGGGUGCUUGGUUUGGUGUGUUUGGUUAGUUGGUUGGUUGGUUUUGGCAGUUCUUAGGUUUGACGCUUUUGCUUCCCGUGGGCAUUGGGUCGUGCAACGACAGCCUUUUUUGGUUGUUUUUUUUUCUCGUAUCGUUUCGUUUUUUCCCAAUGCCGAGUUUUGCAAGCGUCGAUUGUUUAGAUGAAUUGCUCAAAUGCAACCAACCAUAUCCUCUUGUUUGUGAUGUAAUGAUAUCAAUAAUGGAAGUUGUACUUGUACUUUAUUAUUUAUUUGUUCUGUGUGUGUCACACUCUUUGGAGUCAAAAACAAAAAAAAAUGUAAAAGGGUUGG